AUGGAAAACCAGAGGAUGCUAAAGACGCAGGAGUCCUGCGCUAGCCUAGGCAGCGGGCUGAGCGACCUGGUAGGGAACAGGAAGCUGAUGGUUUUGGGGGCCCUGUUAGCCUGGUUAUUAGUCGUCCACUUGCUGGUUAAUGUCUGGCUGCUUUGCCUCCUCUCCGGCUUGCUGGCAGUGUUGGGGGGAUGGCUGGGGUCCCAGGCCGUCAUCGGCACCCGCAGCCGGCUCCACUUGGAACGGUUUGUCCUGCUGGAGAGCUGCCCGCAGAGCCCCGAGGCGGAGAGGCAGCUGGACGAGGAGAUUGACCGCAUGAUCCAGAAGAUCAUCCGGGACUUUGUAUCCUCGUGGUACCGGACGGUCAGCAGUGAGCAGGGCUUUGAGGAUGAGGUGAGGAAGGCCAUGACAGGCCUGGCCCUAGAGCUCAAAAGGAGGAUGGCACUGGUGGACAAGCAAGCCUUGACCCAUAAGAUUCUCUUGCUUUGUGGUUGCCACCUGCAAAGCUACAUGAAAGCAAGGGAGAGCAUGGAGACUGCAAGGAGCCCGGCAGGACCAACUCAGCUGGCAGACCAGCUCUGGCGAGCGUACAGCGAGCUCUCUGCCCCGCACCCAGCCGUCCAGAGCCCAGCCAUGGAAGUGAACUAUGCCCGAAGCAUUGUGGACCUGUUGCUCCGGGUGAUGGUGCCCAAGCCUCACCUGGAAACUAGGACUGGGCGCUUUGUGGUGGUGGAGCUGAUCACCUGCAAUGUUCUUCUGCCUAUGAUCAAGAAGAUGUCUGAUCCUGACUGGAUCAACCUGUUGCUAAUUGGGAUUUUCUCCAAGAUGGGCAGCAAAGGGGUGAGACGGGGAAAGGGGGAGGAGCCUCCGUUGUCCGCCUCCCCCUGCCAGCCCACAGUGCCGAAUUCUUUGCCACUGAAAGUUGUGGCACCAUCUCUAAGGCCUUCAGAGCUCCCCAGUUACGAUGUGGUGGACAGUCUGGAGUGCAACCCCCAGGAAGCGGAAGAGGGGAAGGAUGUGACGAGCGGAGAGCCUGGUGCUGAUGUUGACGGUAGGAAAGCCGGGAGCACGCCCGUGCACUACCCCCAUCCAGAUACUCUGGGCUCCCUCUUCCUGUGUGAGGACUCAGAGCUGGAGUCCCCUAUGUCUGACCUCGGCAAGGACUCUGAUUCCGUGGUGCUCUUGUCCACGGAGGAAUUCCUCACUGACACAUUCCAGGAUUCCUUUGGGGUGCUGGAGGGGCCGAACGGCCUGGACCAAGAGGACGGUGUGGUUGCCAAGGAUGGGUAUCUGGAGGAGAACACCGCCUCUAGCUCUGAAACGAGCGUCCUCCCCUCUGCGCUGGGCCAGUGCCCUGACAUACAAAUCGACCCCGCGGUGGAGAAGGAAGAAAGCUUGGCCUCUGUCACCACCCUGCUGGCCGAUCCAGAGAAGCCUUUCUCGAGGCGACCGUCCUUUCUGGAGAACCCAGCGAAGAGUCCCCUGGACCCCAGCCAGCCGCCUCUCCCACUUUACUCCUCCCAUACCUUCAGCUUUGAGCCGCUCAGUAGCCCUGACAGCCCAGUCAUCAUCCAGAACCUGCGGAUAACCGGAACCAUCACUGCCCGGGAACACAGCGGGACAGGGUUCCAUCCCUACACACUCUACACCGUCAAGUAUGAGACUGCGCUGGAGAGUGAGAACGCCAACAGCCUCCAGCAAGUGGCCUACCACACGGUGAACCGGCGCUAUCGCGAGUUCCUGAACCUGCAGACCAGGCUGGAGGAGAAACCCGAGCUGCGGAAAUUCGUUAAAAAUGUCAAAGGUCCAAAGAAACUUUUUCCUGAUCUUCCGUUCGGAAACAUGGACAGUGACAAGGUGGAAGCCAGAAAAAGUCUCCUGGAAUCGUUCUUGAAGCAACUGUGCAGCAUUCCCGAGAUUGCCAAUAGUGAGCAGGUGCAGGAGUUCCUCGCCCUGAACACGGACGCCAGGAUCGCGUUUGUCAAGAAACCCUUCGUGGUCUCCAGAAUAGACAAGAUUGUGCUCAAUGCCAUUGUGGACACUUUGAAGACGGCGUUUCCCAGGUCGGAACCUCAGAGCCCAACGGAAGAGCUCAGCGAGGCAGAGGUGGAUGGGAAAUCCCAGACGGAUGGGAAGAAGGCUAAUAAGACCAGGCUGAGGUUCCCGUCCAGUAAAAUUGCUCCAGUGCUGAGCGUGGCCGAAGCACAUGAGAGGAUCCUGUACGGCCUGAGGGAGGGCAGCACUGUCUCUGACGCCUUGUCCCUGGCUGGGAUGGAGUCCUUCAUUCAGAAGCAGGAGAAGUUGCUGGAGGCGACGUCCAGCGAGGCCCCGGAAACUGAGGGGUCAGGCCCCACGCACGUUCCGCAGCAGACGGUGCGCCAGAAGGAUGACCCUGGUUCUGAGACGCCCCUGGCAGACAUGGCUCUGGACCUGCUGCAUCUGCUGCUGAUGGAUCGCUGGAGCUGGCUCUGCACUGAGAACAUGCAGAAGGUGCUGCACCUGCUCUUUGGGUCCCUGAUCCAAAGAUGGCUGGAAGUGCAGGUGACUAACCUGACCUGCACUCAGCGCUGGGUCCAGUACCUCCGAUUGCUGCAGGAAUCCAUAUGGCCCGGGGGAGUCUUACCAGCGGUGCCUAAACCUUUCAGGACGCAGGAGCAGAAGGAGGCGACGGCACAGCAGGCCUUGCAGAGCCUGAUGGGACUCCUUCCUGACUUAAUUCUGGAAAUCCUUGGGACAAGCAGAUGUCGACUGAGCUGGAACCUGGUCCUUGAGUCACUACGGCAACCCAUCAUAAACAGGCACUUGGUUUACUGCCUCUCAGACGUUCUGCUGGAGUUUUUGAUACUUAAUAACUCCAAUGAUCAUCCCAAAACAACAACUGUAACUUCAUCUGUCUCUAACAGCCUCGAGACAGCAAGCAUUUCCCCACAUUAA